CGCUGAUAAAGCCAACAAAGCUGUCUAACACUAGCAGCUUGUGCAAAGUUUUUUCCCUUAACGACGCCAACAGUUAGCGGGAAAUACUACUUUAUCCUGCCGAUGUCAAGUCCUUAUCGCUCGCCAUGAACUCACAGGUGAUGUACCACAAUGUGCCAACACCGCCGGGCAACGUAUCUUUGGCAGCUGCCGCUCCCGACGGCGGUUUGCUGUAUGCCGGCAUUCGCUGCAUCAACUACAUAUCCGCUCCACCGGCAAACGGAGAGCAGCCCCAAGUGGUGACCAUGUCGACGCGGAUCAACAUUCUGGCCCUGGAUGUAAGUCCCAUGUGGGGCGUGGGCAACGGUGGUCCGACCAAACCGUUUGCCAUUGUGGGCGACGAUCUAAGUGUUCAGGUAUGGGACUGCGCAUUGGGCGAAGCCGUCAUCGGGCACAAGGCUCAUCAGCAUCAGCACGAGGCGCGAGAUGUGCGCGGCGUGCACCAUACCACCAACUCCGUGCUGAUGAGCUACCUGGCCAACGGUAACAUUUUGUCCAUGGACGCCAGCGACCUGGUCAUCUAUUGUGUGGCUUCCAACACCUACUGUCGUCGUCCCACUUUCAUCUCGCCCCGAAAUCACCAGCUCACAAUGGUGCGUUGUUCCCCCUACAAUGACAAUUUGUUUGCCGUGGGAACGGCAAUGGGCAAUGUGCUGGUCUGCGAUCUGCGAAAGAUGAACAUCGUCUACAAGUUUCACGGCCACAAAGCGCCCAUCUGUGGCUUGACCUGGCGGGAGGUGCUUGCUCCGCAGGACGAGCUCAUUAACGAUCUGGCAUCGAGAGCUGAAGAGUGGCGAAGCCGAAAUGGAGCCCAGAAGGAGAAACCCAAGUCAAAGCCACCACCACUGACCAAAUCCAGGGCAGCCGAAUCCGACGACCCCUUCGACAUAUACAACUUUGAUCAUUUAGAGUGUGAGUUCGGAGCACCUGUAGCUGAUCGUCGAAAGUCCUCUGAAGAUUGCGGCGGAGGCUUUGUAGGCCUGGAGAAGCCAACCGGUGCCGCUGUCUUGGAUUUUGUUGAAGCCUGCGAGAGUGUAAAAGCCGAUCUCUUGGCCAGUCGCCAGGAGGAGAAAACGCAGCAUGUGGAGGUCACCCUGAAGGACUGCGAGCCCACAAAGCCCACGGGUCCAUUAAGCGAUGCCAGCACCAAUAGCAACAAGCACGAUGCCAGUGACUCAACCGAGGGCAGUCUCGAGGUCAUCCAGUACAGCUCGUCCAGUGAUGAUGCCGUGAUCGUGGAUGGCGAGGCAGCAAAGCCCAAAAGAGAAGUGCUGCACCACAUCUACCAUCAGGCCGAGGUGCAUGCGUCAGGAACACCGCAGACCAAGUCUGAGCCGCAGAGUAAUCUCCAAGUGGUGCCGGCCAUCAGCACGGAGACCAUCAGCUCGACAUCCGUGAACAGCGCUCGCCUGGAAACGCUGCUCGUGUCCAUUGAUGGAGAUGAGGUGAUGAUGAUCUGGAAUACCAAUACGGGGGCGCAUGCUGGCAAGAACUACAGCAAAAGCAAGGCGGCAGGCAAGCUUAACAACGUUUACUGGCUGAACGACCAGGUCAUUGUUUCCCUGAGUCGCCAUCAGUUAUUCUUUUGGUCAGUGGAGUUCGACCGAAAGAUGCUUCGCUACAAGAUCAGCAAGGACAAAUCCCACAGCUGCCAUUUGCAGGACAUCGUGUCCUUUGCCUGUGACUCUAGCAAAGAGAUGAUAUGGUUGUGCCGAAACAAUCGCCAGAUUGGAAUGAUGAAUCCUCAAACUGGCCGGGUGGCUGCCUUUUACGGAACAGUGGCAUUUGGAGUGCGAGCGAUGGCCGAGUGCCCAGAUGAUAUGAACAAAAUCGCGUUGGGUUGCUCGGAUCGCCGCGUGGCCUUCUUUGAUAUAUCGAAGCUCUCCACCAGCUGCUUGCCCAUCGACAGCGUUUAUGUGUCCAGCAACGUCUACUGCCUGGCUUGGAGUCCCAACUGCUUGGAACUGGCCUUUGGCACCUUCGAUGGAACGGUGGGCAUCCUUGAUGUGGAGCGCAUGAAAGUGAAGACCCACUUACGGACGCCGCACAAGAAAGAAGUAUACUCCCUGGUGUGGCAGGACCACUUUAUAUACUUUAUCGUGAAUCGUGUGCUAGGGUUUUUCGACUUAAGCAAAUCCAAAACCGAGGCCACAGUUGUGAACUGCAUUUCCCGACCCAGUUACCUCAGCGUCCGGGAUUCGUUCCUUUUUGUUGGCACCGAUGAUGGCCUGCUGCAGCUCCAUGAGCGAGAUUCGGGUAUGGAGAAGUCGUGGACACCAUUUAUCCGUCAAUCUGCGUUGCUUGCUCGGUAUGUGACCGAUAUAGCCUGGUGCCCGCUGGACAGCAAUAAGUUUGCAGUGGCGGGCAACGAAAAAUCCGUGUUCGUGAUGGAGUUCCAGCCCACGGAGCGCAACUGGAAAACGCUUCACACAUUUACGGCAAACGCGGAGAAGGCGUCGAUUACCUCGCUCAAAUGGAGCCAUGCCCAGAAGCACUUGCUGCUUAGUUUCCACAUCGAGGGAAAGGUGUGUCUGUGGAACUGCAACGCGCCAGAGAAGCCACCGCUAACCAUCACCUACCACUGCCCCAUGUGGUGUGGAAUGUUUUUGCCCACCAACGAGAACAUUAUUAUGUGCUCGGGAAAAGCGCUCUCCGUAGAGCUAAUUGACAUCAAGGACGCCUUGGAAAGCGACGAGAAAAGCAUCUGUCCGAAGGUGGAUGCUCUGUUGAACGUUAAGUGGGCCAGCAAAUCGCUGACUCAGCCUUACGCUCCAGUUCUCACAGCGGCUGAAAAGAAACGACAGCGGCGGGAUCAGCGCAAAGCAGCGGUUAAACUCGAAGCUGACGGAGCUAGCAAGGAUCAGAAGAAAAUCACUGUGUCAGUAACUGCAGCUAUUGAUAAUCCUCUCAAAGAUAAAUGCCUGAAAGACACUGCCGUAGAAGAGAUGCUAGAAGCACUCAGCCUGGACAAAGAGCAUAAGAAUCGAAAUAGCAAGGAGUGUCCAAAGUGCAAGGAGUUGGAGGCCAAACAGACACCAGACAGUUUUCUCACACAUAGCCGCACCUGUCUUUGCCUUACCCAGAAGGAGCUCAACAAAAGUGCCCUUGAGAAGCUGGCCAUUGUUCUUACGGAAGACGCUGCCAAGAUCGACAAGUCGGUGCUCAUGUCGAAGCUGUUUAGCACCAAGGUGAUGGCCAAGGAGCUAAUUGCGGCCGAGUUGACCAAUUUGAAGCAUUCAAACACUAAAGACAUAGCUCCACUUUGCCUGGCCAUGUCCACGUUUAAAUUGCGCGAAGAGCUUGAGCAACAUAUGGCCAACAAGACGCUCACCGAAUGGCAUCUCUCGGUGGCUCCCUCCGUGUCGUUUACACUUUGGCAGGACUGCUGUCGCGCCUAUGCCAAGCAGAUGGAGGAAAAGGGCUUCAUUAUGCACGCAGCUACGUAUCUGUUUAGCCUGGGAAUGCAGUUGGAAGCCAUCAAUCUGUUCCUGGCCAAUGAGUACUAUAAAGAGGCCCUUGUGCAUGCGCGCAUCUGCUUGCCGGCCACGGAUCCCCUGAUCAAAACCAUAAUUAACCAGUGGCUCGAGCAUCUGGAGGGGACAGGCAACUUUGCGGCCGCUGCUCUGAUAUGCGUUCUGGACAAUGAGAUGCUGCGCGGCUACUCAUAUUUGCGGAAAUUCCGCAAUUGCACUCCGGAAAUUGCCGAGCUAAUGAACCAAAUCAAACGGAUUGGCCAGCUGGGCGGCGUUCUAGAUGGUUGUGCUCCCAAUGAGCCGAUCCACAAUGGAUCCACUGCCGAGCAUUAAGCCUUAAAUCAACAAUAUUUUGUAAGCAUAGUUUUAGCUGAAACAGGCUGUACUAGUGUAACUCAUUUGAAAUACCCUGAAACAAUCAUGAAGCUAUUAUCUAUUAGCUAGGCAUUUAAAAAUGUUUUCCAUGAAUGUGAUUUGUUUUCAUACCUAGAUAGCCAGAGACUGAGUGGAAUUGAAACUGAUUUAUGUUGCCUUUGGAAUACUUUUAUUUUAAUUUAAUUUACCCUCGAGAAAGGAAAAGAAUACAAGAUACAUAUAUCAACGGCACAAUAGCUAGUAAACACACACAAAUUGAAUUUCGAAUAAACGAAAACGAGAGAAAAAGAAA